AACUGGAAGACUUGGCUUAGAGAAAAGACUGCAUACUGGCCAACAAAAUAUUAAUGGAUGCUUUCAGCACGUGGGCAAAUGCUUGAUUAGUGUCAGCUCUCAGGCGAGGUCAUCACUGUUAACAACCAAAGACUCUUUUCUCCCUGUCUACAGCCAAGGCUUCUGUGCCAGACCCCGUAGAAGCCAAAGCCUGUCCAUGGAGGGAUGCUGGGGAUUGGAGGUGACCAAUGGCUCAAAGAGCGGCUUGGAGUUCAACCCGAUGAAGGACUACAUGAUCCUGAGUGAUGCCCAGAAGAUAGCUGUGGCGGUGCUGUGUACCCUGCUGGGCCUGCUAAGUGCCCUGGAGAAUGGGGCAGUGCUGUAUCUCAUCCUGUCCUCCCAGCGGCUCCGCAGGAAGCCCUCGUACCUGUUCAUCGGCAGCUUGGCUGCAGCCGACUUCCUGGCCAGUGUGAUCUUUGCCUGCAACUUCGUUAUUUUCCAUGUCUUCCACGGCGUUGACUCCAAGUCCGUCUUCCUGUUGAAGAUUGGCAGUGUGACCAUGACCUUCACAGCCUCUGUGGGCAGCCUGCUGCUGACUGCUGUGGAUAGAUAUCUAUGUCUGUGCUACCCACCCGCGUACAAAGCUCUAGUCACCCGUGGGAGGGCACUGGUGGCCCUUGGUGUCAUGUGGGUCCUCUCAGCAUUGAUCUCCUACCUGCCACUCAUGGGAUGGACUUGUUGUCCUAGUCCUUGCUCUGAGCUUUUCCCUCUCAUCCCCAAUGACUAUCUCCUGGGCUGGCUCCUAUUCAUUACCAUCCUCUUCGUCGGCAUCAUCUACACCUAUGGCUAUGUUCUCUGGAAAGCCCACCAGCACGUAGCCAGCUUGGCAGAGCAUCAGGACAGGCAGGUGCCUGGGAUAGCCCGGAUGCGGCUAGAUGUGAGGUUGGCCAAGACCCUGGGGCUGGUACUGGCUGUUCUGCUGAUAUGCUGGUUCCCUGCAUUGGCUCUUAUGGGCCAUAGCCUGGUCACCACACUGAGUGACCAGGUCAAGGAGGCCUUUGCCUUCUGUUCCAUGCUGUGCCUGCUUAACUCUAUGGUCAACCCUAUCAUUUAUGCCCUUCGAAGUGGAGAGAUCCGCUCUGCUGCUCAGCACUGCCUGGUAGGCUGGAAGAAGUAUCUACCAGGCUUCGGGCCUGAGGGAAAGGAAGACGUGCCAAGGUCCUCAGUUACAGAGACAGAGGCUGAUGUGAAAACCACCGCCGUGCCUGGUUCCAGAAGUCCGGGCUGCUCCAAUUGCUGA